UUCACGGCUUCUCUUACUUCUACUCCACCAGUCGUCUUCGUAAAGGUGGAAAAGUUAUUUUAACUUACUUACAUGGAUACGUCUUCGCGUCUACGGUUUAUCCUAAUUUCCCAGUCGCCCUAGAGACGUCAUCUUCGUCAUACCCGCUCGCCUGUGGAACCUAUCAUCAUCAACCCUUGAUCGGCUGUGUACGGAAUACGAGCCACUCCAUUUUCCAGAUUUCCAGAAAAGGGAUCGCACUUCACAACAAUUUGACGUCUACACUCGUUCAACCUACACACCAUCAAGAUCAGAAAUAAUGAUUUCAUUCGUUCAAGCCUUGUUAUUUACAACAGCUACAGGCGCUGCCCUGCGGCCAAGGCAAGCCAAUAAUGGCUGCUGCUUCCAGCUCGCCUCGGUGGGAAUGGUCAACGAGACUGUUCUAGAGGACCAUGUCGGCGAUUUGCUUCUUGGCGGUACUUUUCAGCAAGGCGGAUUCUGUCUAGAUAAGACGACCAAAACCAUACAAGAUAGUCUAAGGCAUAACUGCUUCAUGAGAGCCCCAGACUAUCAAUUCGAAUGCUAUCAAGGCGCUGUUGGGACUACAGCAUUCGAUAUCGCACCCCCAAAGGCAGAUGGGAAGUCGUAUCUCACAUACGAUGAUAGUCCUGGAGUCUUCUACGCGUGUCCUAUUGACUCCGAAAGCUACGACAUCUACUCCUCGGAUAAAGCUGAUAAGACUGGAUGUGUGUCGGUUGCAUUAGCACUCGUCGAUGAGACAGCUGCUUGCUCCGCUACUACUAGCAACUCUACCCUCUCAAUACGGUCCAAGCCACUACACCGGAUACCACUCCCAACCCGGCCACUACGACGCCAGUCAUCGCGUCAAUCAUGCACCAUAGAUGCAUCAGCACCCUCACUUGCACCUUACCAACUACAUCAUAACAACUCGUCCGUCUCAAGCGGAAGCAAUGAUACCUCAGCCGAAGUCGUAAUCAGCCGAAACUACAGCACUGUAUUCGACUACGACAUCCCAGACACUUUCCCUCCCGCCAAUACCGCAGGAGAGUCCUCACUAUGUGCUCUGCAAUUCCGUAUGCCGGUCUGCACUACUCUCCCCAAGGGUUAUCCCUGCUAUAGCUUUAGCGGUCUGGAGCAGGAGGUCCUAUCCAACUCCGGUAUGACGUUCCACCUUGUGGACGACGACGGCAACGCCACGUGGAACAGCACAGAGCUGCACCAAGUGUUCCCCGGGGAGAACACCACCAUCGGCACUUUCGAGUGCGGGCAGGCAGCCGGCUACGGCGAGUCGCGGAAGAUGAGCUGGCACGUCAGCAGCGUUAGAGAUUUCUCUCUUGAGUUCCUCCAAGCGGGCGUCGGCCAAUCCGCCCAAUUCCAAAACGGGGUCGGCGCGUGGAUCGUACCGUGCCAGUAGUCCAGUCCCCUUUCCAUCUUUCUUAGCAGCAAUCGCUUGCUCCUCUCUUGGCAUAGAUAGAAAUACUUUAAUGUCUGAUAAAAAGUGUGAGGAUUUGGGGGAUAUACCAUGAUUAGAGGCAAGGGAAUACCAUAACGGAGAAAUUGACGCUGGAAGAUAAUAAUGUGCGACAGAGAUUGAUCGGUAAUGAUAAUGGACUUGGUGGCUUAUGUGUUUGUUACAUGAGGUCUAUCGAAAGGACAUAGAGUGCUUACUUAGGUAGGUAGUUAUAGAUAUACGGAAGAGUAAUAAAUGUAUAUGCAUAUUAGAACAACUUUCGCGCCAUUACUAUUUUAUUGUAUUGGUAGGGGG